AUGCUCGACAUGGAGGCACGACUGCUGGCGCAAAACGCCCAUCGUGGGUGUCUGGGCGAGCACGGCGUGGAGUCUCUGUCGCAUGUGGUAAACCGCCUCGACGAGUACUUAUACACGUUCUCGUAUCACUGGAACGUGGCUAGGGCCUGCGACGCCGGACUCUCGCGACGAGGUCUUGAGUAUCUUGCUGCACGAGAUCCAAACUGGGGAGAUGGCCGUGAUGCUGCCUAUGUCGCAGUGAAGAACAACUACCCUCACGUGCUGCAAUGGCUGAGCGAGCGCUAUCCUGAUCGCACGUCGUGGGGUAGUCUACAAGCUCGCUGCUUCAUAAGCACAGCGGCAAAACGUGGUCAUUUUGCCAUUCUCAAGUGGCUUCAUACUAAUCGCAAGGAAGGAUGCACGUUUUCUGACCAGCCAGCCGCCAAGUUUGGCCAGCCAUCUAUGCCCAUCACCAUCCAGCCAGAUAUGACGCUGGCUAGGCCCGCUCUUUCCACGCUUUUAUCGCUAGCCAGACCGAUUUAG